AUGGCGCCAGCUCGACCUCUCAAGCGCCAGAAAACGAACGAAGGUCCUAUCGACAACAAGCCUGAGGCACUGAAGCCGGAGCAGAUACCAUUGCCGCCUGACUCGCAUAUACAAGUCCCGGCGCCGACCCCAGAUGCAGCAUCGAAGAAGACGUCCGAUACAGAUUCGAGACGUAGCUCCUGGUAUCCGUCAUGGUCCCGCAAGACCGCGUCCAUCGCGGUUGCCAACAGAGAUAACGCCACGAGUGCCGAGACUGCCUCGAUCAUGAGCGACCGCAGUACUCCCCGUCGCCCUUCUACACGGUCUGCCUCCUUAGCCAUGACGCUGGGGAAGGGCAACUCGACUCGGUCCCUGCCUGUCAAUGCCGAGACUUCGAAAGUCAACGCGACACCUGAAGCCAGGACUCCCUCGCGGACGAACUCAAUGCAGGCUGAGGCGGACAAGGGGAAAGAAGUGGCUGGGAAAGAUGCGCAAGGGCCAUCAAAGGCCAAUGAGGUUACUUCGGAGCAGAUACAAGCGGUGGACAAUGGUACGAGCGCCGAAAAGAAGGUUGAUACCUCAAAUAUGACCGGGAGUAUACGCUGGUUCGCAUGGCUCGGAAAGGACGGUCCCGUGUCUGAGCAGGACAAUGCAGCGGAUGCGGGCAAAAGUGCGUCUACAGUCGUUCAUAAUAAGGUUGACGCAAAGCCCGGUGCUGGAGAGCAGGCCUCCCAGCCGCCAGCUGCUGCGUCACUUGAUCAGACGACAACGAAUCGUACAGCAGAGACAACACCGGCUGAGCCGACUGCGAACCAGAAGAGGUCGUGGUUGCAAAUGCUGGGUGGCGAGAGCACGAUGUUACCGUCCAGACCCGUGCCUGGAGCGUCCACAGAACCGACCAGUACACGAGCAAGCGAGCAGAGCAAAAACUUGGACGUGCCGCUCCAGUCACCGACGAAGCCUGAAUCAUCACAGGGGUCGUCGAUAGAAGCAUCACCACCUCCACCACUACCCGGCAAUGCCUCGAAAUCGGCUGGAUGGGUAUUCUGGUCAAGAGAGAAGAAUCCACAGACUGAGACACCGCCAAAUGACGAGCCACGGAGGGGUGAGAUUGCGAUCUCCGACACGCCGUCGCAGAACAAACCAAAACGCACCUCUAUCAGUAUGCCAGACGAGCAAAGGCCAUCCACGAAGGAUAUCAAAGCAUCGGCACCGAAGAAGGCUGAUAAGGCAGGUUCAAUCAAAAGCCUAGAACGUCCACAGACUCCGAUAGAAAAGACAAUCCCGAAAGCGGUCGAUUCGAAAGGAACGAAAAAGAUAGAGUCCAAGAAUGCUGCUGCCACUGCUGUCGAACAGCCAAGUCCUCGCCCUGCAUCGCCAGCGCCAUCAAAACAAGCACAGGACAACCUCCUGCUUCCGGCGUUUCACGACACUUUACAUCUGCACCAGAGCCCUACACUGAUGCAACAGCUCGGCAGACUGCUAUAUUAUACCAGAGAGCCGGAGCCGGAGUUGAAACAUCUCUCCUUGGUCAAGGACCCACCAAGGAUACGAAAUGCCCUCGCUAUUGGCGUUCAUGGCUACUUUCCUGGUCCCAUGGUGCGAACACUACUCGGGCAGCCUACUGGCACGUCUAUCAAGUUCGCAGACAUGGCAGCUAAGUCGAUAAGGAAAUGGACUAAUAAUCGAGGCUACGACUGUCAGGUCAAGACUGCGGCGCUUGAAGGCGAAGGCAAGAUAACCGAGCGGGUAGAGCUGCUUUGGAAGCUGCUGCUGAAUUGGAUCGACGAGAUUCGAAAGACAGACUUUCAAGGCGUGCCAGUUGCUGUAAUGCUGGUGGCCAAGCUGAUCCAGUUUGGCUGCGUCAAUGCUGCUCGUGUCGGCAUCUGCGCGAUGGCUGGCGUAUCGAUGGGCCCAUUCGCUGAAUACAAAUCGAGAUGGAUUAGUGGGUCUGCUGGUGAGCUCUUCGAGUUCUCUGACCCUAACAGCAAGGUGUCCGCCCUGUACCAAGAUGCUGUAAACACUAUCCUCAAAGCUGGAGUGAGAUGGACACUCGUAGGCAGCAUCGAUGAUCAGUUGGUAUCCCUCGAAUCAUCCAUCUUCGCGCCGAUAACACACCCUCACAUCUACCGAGCCGUAUCGAUCGACUCUAAAGUUCACGCACCAGGCUUUCUAUCCCAUCUUGUGGGAUUCGUCCUCAAACUCCGAAACUUGGGCGUGCAAGACCAUGGUCUGAUAAGGGAGCUCUCAUCUCCUCUGGCUGGAAGUCUGUACACGGGCGAGGGUCAUUCGAGAAUAUACGACGACGAGGCAGUCUACGACAUGGCCGUUUCUUUCGCGCUUGAGACGACUGCCUUGUUGGGCGUGGAAGUGACCAAACGAAAUGUCCGAACGACCGGGGCGAAUCCGUACAUUUUGCCCUUUGCGUUACGUGGAAUCUUGGAAGAGGACCUGGUUCGGUCUGAACUCCGCCAAGAGGUCGACCAGUUGCUACAUCAGUUCGAUGAUUGGAAGCCAUCGACCAAAGCGUUGAAAGACGUGAAAUUUCGUCUGGAGGGAGUCCGAUCGAAGCUAUAG